UUUCAAAUAUCAACUAGAAGUUUCCCAAGAACCUAUACGAGCAAGGAUGUGUGGUUUCGGAGACAAAGAUCGUCGUACUAUUGACCCUCCUCCAAUUAUCAAACUACUCGUAACAACAUUAGAUGGAACACCCGUACCUGAAAGAGAUUGCAAAGAAGAACGUGGAUUAGUAGUUAAUCCUACUUCCGUGUUUACUAAAUCUGCUAAUUCUAACUCAGCUGUCAUGUCCGUGAAUGCACCCUUGAAUACUCGGAAUCUCAUGGGUCAUUGCACAUCUUCCGCAUAUGUGCUUAAUAACCAUGCUGGUCAAAAGGGAAUUUAUUUUAUAUUUCAAGACCUUUCUGUUCGAACGGAAGGUACCUUUACCCUAAAAUUCUCGUUUUGUAACAUCAAAGAAUUAAUGGCUCAAUCCUCUGACGGAUUAACAAAUGCCAGUGGGAACGUUACAGCUGAAGUGUACAGUGCGCCUUUUAAGGUUUAUUCUGCAAAGAAAUUUCCAGGAAUGACAGAAUCAACUGAGCUUUCUAAAGCUUUCGCCAAACAAGGAAUUAAAAUUCCGAUUCGUAAGGAUGCAUAUUAUAGGAAAGUCUGCAAUAACAAUUUGCACAAACAACCCAAUGUAGUAGACGUUCCUAAGACAACAAUUGAGGUACUUGAAAUCUCUAGCAGUAAUUCUGAGGAUACUGAGCAUUCUGAUGAAAAUGAUGAAAUACGAGAUUACUCUGAUUUACGGGGAUAUGAAAGUAAAGAUAUAUUUGUUGAAAAGCGGUUACGUAAAUCGAAAUGA